AUGUCGGACUCAAAAGAAGCCCUCCUGGGUAACGAAGACCCAAUCGGACCUCCGCCCGCCUACGACCUGCCAAAGCCUGCACGCGGGGCAGCCCUUCCCCGCCCGCCGCCGCUCACACUGCCCGUGCUCAACAACCUCCGCGACAAGCGCGUAAUCCUGGCCUCGCAGUCCCCUCGCAGACGCCAAAUCAUCGCCUACCUAGGCCUACCCAAUAUCGAAAUCAUCCCGUCCAAUGCAGAUGAGAACCUGCCGAAGACGCUCACCCCGUUCGAGUAUGUUCUCGGUACGGCGACCAUGAAGGCGCGGGCCGUCUACGAGAAGGAGAUCCACAACGAGGAGUUGGGCGAGCCGGCGCUGAUCUUGGCCGCGGAUACGAUCGUCGUCGACGUCGUCAAUGAGAGUAUUCUGGAGAAGCCGCGCUCCGAGGCGCAUCAUGUGUCUAUGCUGCGGACGCUAAGGGAUGGGCGCGAUCACAAGGUUUACACGGCGCUUGUCGCGAUGGCUCCGCUGGCGAGUGCCAGGCAGCCCGGGUAUGCUAUGGAGACGGUGGUGGAGGAGACCAAUGUGCGGUUUGACGGGGCUGUCACAGAUGAAUUGAUCCUGGCGUAUGUGCGCACGCGCGAGGGCGCGGAUAAGGCUGGAGGGUACGGACUACAGGGACUGGGAUCGAUUUUGGUGGAGAAAAUUGAGGGCACCGCGGAUAAUGUCAUUGGGAUGCCCCUCAAGGCGACGCUGAAGCUGAUUGAGGCGGUGAUGGCGAAGGCGGAUGAUGAGGACCGUCUGCCGGAUGACCCGGUGCUAGAGGAGGGAGAUGAGGACGAAGAUGUGGAAUGA